AUGAAGGCAUUUAUACAAUUAAUUUCCAUUGCCCUUGCGGCUACUGGAAUCUCAGCCAUUUACACAUCCACUCUUAGUGCCCAGAACCGAGAUGCCCCCGAUGUGAAUGCUCGACCAAUCGCCCUUAACGGCACGGUCGCCGGUACUUAUUGGGAUUUUGAGUCUGGAAUCGAUUUCCAAGGCUUCCCGAUCAUCCAAGUCGAGAACGAGAAUAAUCCCGGCCACUAUUCCUUUCAACUAUAUGGGGUUGAGGGUGAUCAAGUCCUAGGUCUUGAGGAUAAUGUCCUCACCGUUUUAGACAACAAUAAUAACACCUCCUCGCACUACAAUAUUUUUACAGUGGCCUGGCCUUGGCUUGUGUCAUUAGACAUGCCCGGAGGCUGGGUUGCAGUUCGCACAGAUACCACACAGGAGUCUUGGCAAGAUCCUUUCAAGAGUAUGUGGGAUGACAAGCAGAACAUGAGCAAAAGGGCUGCUGUUGGCGACAUUUUCCCUAUUCAAGUUAUUCUCUGGGAGUCUUAG